AACUUUCUUGGCAUUUUUUGCCUGUUUGCAUCAACCAUGGCCACACCAACUGGAAAUAAUUUGGCCAUUCAGUCUGUUUCUCAGGGUGCUCAUUUGUUCUCUACCAACUUAGUCAAGAAUGUUGCAAAAGAAGCACCAGGCAAUUUGAUAUGCUCUCCCCUGAGCGCCAACAUCGUUCUGAGCAUGGCUGCUGACGGCGCUGUCGGAGAUACCGAGGCACAGUUUAAAGAUGUUCUCAAGCUUCCAGCUAAGAAAUCACAGACUCGGGAAGGUUACCAGAAUCUCAUCGAUAAAUUGAAUAAUGUUGAGAAUGUCACUUUGAAGCUCGCUAACAAGAUAUUUAUCGGCAAAAUUUUCCCAGUAAAACCUGAGUACAAACAGGAUCUUGAGACGUACUAUCGUUCCGACAUUCAGUCGGUAGACUUCGCUAAAGGCGACAAAGCCGCGAACAUCGUUAAUACCUGGUGCAAGGAGAAAACCAACAAUCGCAUCGACAGCAUUAUUAGUCCCGACGACGUGGAUCCUUUUACUGUACUGAUACUCGCAAACGCGGUGUACUUCAAGGGCAAAUGGGCCCACGAGUUUGAUCCUAAGGCUACCACGGACCGUCCAUUCCACAUUGACGCCAACACCGUAAAAAAAGUUCCUACUAUGUACAGAAAGGACAACUACAAGUACGCCGAAUUGCCGGAAUACGACGCUAAAUGCAUCGAGCUGCCGUACGCGAAUAAAGAGGUCAGCAUGGUGAUCAUCCUACCCAAUAAAAUUGACGGUCUAGCUGCGCUGAUCGACAAACUCGGGGAAGUUAGCGCGGAAUGUAACACCCGCCUCGCCCAAACGUACGAACGCGUGGUCCGAGUGUUCCUGCCCAAGUUCAAGACCGAGUCCAAAUUGAAUUUUGGAGAUACGUUGUGUCAGAAGAUGGGUCUCGAUAAACCGUUCAGCGACAGCGCUGAAUUUGGUGGCAUUUCGGAUAUACAGUUAAAGAUCGACAAAGUCGUCCAAAAAGCUUUCAUCGAAGUUAAUGAGGAGGGUAGCGAGGCGGCCGCCGUCAUGGGUAAGUACACCUUGCUUCGUUCGUUGCAUUUGUUUGUAACCAAAGACAGAUGAAAUAUUAUCUUGGAG